UUGGGAUAUAGUGAGAUUUAUAUGGUAUAUCUUAUGAGCAUUAUAUCGAGAUGCAAGUAUUUCGGUAAAAUCCAAAUUUUUUAAUCACCAGAGGUAAAGGUCACUAAUAUGGUGGCCAAGGUUCGCGUCGUCCUCUUUUUCACGUGAUAUAAUUUCUUAGUACUCAUUUCUGAAAUGGAAAAUGCACAGAGAACGGUGUACAAACUGAUAAAAAUUGCAUCAAAAAACCCUGGAUGUCGGAAGAAAGUCAUUGGCGGUGUUGCAGCUGCUUUAAUAGCAGCAUACGGAGUGGGAAGAUUUUAUCCUCACCUGACUAAGUAUUUCUUGCCUGAAAUCAAAGGUCGAAAACGGGCAGACGGAUCAAAAGGAGAUGGAGAUGACGGAGAAGGUGAAGAAGCAGAAAAGCGAAAGAAUGCAAGGGCACCUGGUGUUGAUAGACAGUUUUUCCUACAACUAAGAAAACUGUUGAAAAUUCUCAUCCCAUCUAUUUGGUCCAAAGAAUUCGCCAUACUGGCCCUACAUACGGCGUCUCUUGUAUCAAGAACAUUUCUGUCCAUAUACGUAGCUAAGUUAGAUGGCAGAAUUGUUAGAACAAUAGUCAAACAGGAUGUAAUGAAAUUUGUUGUCCAACUUUCCAAAUGGCUACUCAUUGCUGUGCCAGCGACCUUUGUGAACAGUUUGAUCCGUUUUCUUGAGAGUAAACUGGCUUUGGCACUGCGCACACAACUCGUAAAUCAUGCAUACAGCAAGUAUUUCCUCAAUCAAACUUACUACAGAGUCAGCAACUUGGAUGGGCGCUUGACCAAUGCCGACCAGUGUCUGACAGAAGAUAUUGCAGAAUUUACUUCCUCUCUUGCUCAUCUAUAUUCCCACCUCACCAAACCAUUGUUAGAUGUGGCUUUGAUGUCUUUCACUCUGUACAAGUUGGCAUCAAGCAGAGGUGCAAGUUCUCGAAUUCCAUCUGUACUGGCCGCUGUAGUUAUUGUGAUAACAGGCAAGGUAUUACGAGCAGUAUCACCAAAGUUUGGAAAAUUGGUUGCUGAAGAGGCCAGCAAGAAGGGAUACCUACGCUAUAUACACUCCAGAGUAAUAGCUAAUGCAGAGGAAAUUGCCUUUUAUGGAGGACACAAGACCGAGGAGGGCUUACUGCAGAGAAGUUACCAGGCACUAGCUAAUCAGAUGGACCUCAUCUUCCGUAAACGGCUGUGGUACAUCAUGCUGGAGCAGUUUCUGAUGAAAUAUGUUUGGAGUGCUAGUGGUCUGGUCAUGGUGGCAGUGCCUAUGAUUACUACUAUAGGACAGAGACAGGAUGGUAGCUUUAUAGAUGAUGACCCAGAUGGGGGAGUGAGUGAACGCACACAGAAUUUCACCACUGCUAGAAACCUUUUGAUCAAUUCUGCUGAUGCAAUAGAAAGGAUGAUGUCUUCUUAUAAAGAGAUAACAGAGCUAGCUGGUUAUACCUCUCGUGUAUCAGAGAUGUUUGAGGUGUUUGAAGAUGUGAGGAAAGGAAAAUACAAACGUAACAUGGUCACCUCCAACAAGGCUGCAAAAGGAGCGCAGAAGAAGAUCCAAGGGCCCCUCCAGAUUAAAGGUGAAGUCAUUGACACAGACACUAUUUUACUGGAAGAUGUUCCCAUCAUUACGCCCAAUGGAGAUAUUGUGGUGUCUAGUCUCUCAUUCCAGAUGGACCACGACAUGCACCUGCUGAUAACAGGCCCCAAUGGCUGUGGUAAGAGCUCCCUGUUCCGUAUUCUAAGUGGUCUGUGGCCUGUGUAUAAUGGUCGCCUGCAUAAACCACCGCCCAGUCAGAUGUUUUAUAUUCCACAAAGGUGUCGCAUGACACCUGGUACCAUGUGA